CUGUUUUCUAUCAAAUCGAGCCAGUCAUAGCAAUUUGCGAAGUCGAUAAAUGAGAAAAAUAAGGCUGUUCCACAGUACCUUUGCCUAGCAAAAUUUGUAGGAACUGAAACAAAUAAAAACUAUUUUCGUUCUUACUUACCUUACGUCAAAAAAGUGUUAGUGAAUUAAAUUUGGUGGUUUAUUUCAAUAUUUUUCAGUAAAUUGAGUAAAUGGUAGAAGAAAAGGGGGUGCAAUGAUUAAUCAUAUGUUGAAAUAAUGACUAUAUCAAUGAAAGAACAAGAUCAAAUGCCUGGGGAGAUGGCAUUCCCCGAGGCCAAAUUAAAGGCACUGGAAGAGAAGAUUUCACAUCCUCGCUGGGUUGUGCCCGUGCUUCCUGAACAGGAGCUGGAGGCACUGCUCGUUGCUGCCACUGAGCUGGCAGCAAAAGGUGAAGAUGCAAACCACCCGGCGUGUCAGAGAUUCUAUAAUGAUGCCCUCACAGUGUCCUUUACAAAGAUACUAACAGAUGAUGCAGUCUCAUCUUGGAAGAAUAACAUACAACAAUGUGUCCGUUCAAACUGCGAGAAGCUUGUAAAACUAUGUGCAAUGAAACUAGAUGAUCCAAGAUUUCUGCAUUUAUUAUCAAUGGCAUUCAAUCCAAAUAACAAAUUUCACACAUUUAAUGCAUCUAGGACUUCUGAAGGUCUUUCUAUCACACCGCCUGGACAGGGUACAGCACAAGAGGCUGAAGUGUUUGCAAGGUCGCAGGAUCAUCGCACGCCGAGAGGAUGGCUGGUCCAUCUUGUUAAUGUGUUUGGGCAGGCAGGUGGCUUUGUUAAACUCCGUGAAAGGUUUGAAACAAUCAUGGGGUUCCAAAAGGCAGAGUUGACAUCAUCCAUUACUUCAGAGGAAAAAGUCUCUACAGAAAUAAUAGAAAAAGAAAAUGAAGAAACUAAAAGUGAUAAAGUUGAAAACACAGAAAUAGCACCAGUUAAUGCUGACAGUGGAGAAUUCUCGAUCCCGGCACGCAGCGAGCAGCCUUCGUCGUUAGAACAGUCUACCAGCGGGGAGACUCGCGUGGCGUCCGUGUGGCAGCUGCUGCGGCCUCUGGGGCUCUGCCACGACCUCCUCACAUCACACACCGUUACCACGUACCUGUUACCUGUACUUGAAUGUAUCCCAACACUGCUGGAAAGUUUAACUGACGAAGAAUUGAAGAGGGAGGCGCGUGGUAGCGAGAAUAAGACUGACAUUGUUUCCUGUUUAAUUCGCGCAUGUAAAUACGUCUCAGUGAAAACACCCCAGCAUCACAGUUUACUCAAAUCACUUGAAAUGUUUCGUUUAAAAAUGAUAUUGCGAUUGCUGCAAAUGUCUUCAUUCAACGGGAAGAUGUCAGCUCUGAAUGAAAUCAAUCAACUCAUCAGUACAUUUUCUCAGCAACCAAAACCAGAGUGGCUCACGCCUGCUGUUAUUACAAAUUGGAUCCGAGAAAAUAAAGUAGUGGACAUAGUUUUACGAGACUCCCUCCACCAGCCGCAGUACGUCGACAGACUAGAGAAAAUGCUUAGGUUUAUGAUAAAAGAGAACUCACUGACGCGGGACGAUCUAGACGCCAUCUGGAAGGCGCAGCAUGGCAAGCACGAAGCCAUUGUUAAGAACUUGCAUGAUUUGUUAGCCAAACUGGCUUGGGACUUCACCCCCGAUCAACUUGACCAUUUAUUUGACUGUUUUAAGGCGAGUUGGGCCACAUCAAGCAAAAAGCAAAGUGAUAAACUACUAGAAGUAAUAAGGAGAUUAGCAGAAGAUGACAAAGAUGGUGUAAUGGCAAACAAGGUAUUAGUACUUUUCUGGAACUUGGCGCACUCAGAUGAAGUUUGUACGGAAAUAAUGGAUGUUGCAUUAGCUAAUCUUAUAAAAAUAUUGGACUACAGUUGUAGUCAAGACCGAGACGCUCAGAAGACGCUGUGGUUAGACAAGUGUGUAGAAGAACUGAAAACAAAUGAGAAGUGGGUGUUACCAGCACUGAAGAUGAUGCGCGAGAUAUGUUGCUUGUACGAGGCGGGCGGCGGCACGGGGCUGCGGCCGCACGUCACGCGCCAGGAGCUCAUCGACCGCCUGCAGACGCAGCACUCGCUCGUCAUACUCGUCACCGACUCCCUCACGCAUUACAUGGAAGCUGUGCGGAACAAACUAACAGAAGAAGGAGAAAUAGAUUGGGACAACUGGCAACCAGAUGGUAGAUACCCACAUGCAGCUCAAGUUCAUGAACGACUCAGUUUCCUGAGGUUUCUGUUGAAAGACGGACAACUGUGGCUGUGCGCAGAACAAGCAAAACAGAUAUGGGUGUGUUUGGCUGAGAAGCCUGCACACCUCGGUGACCGGGAGGCGUGUUUCCGAUGGUUCAGCAAAUUGAUGGGGGAGGAGCCUGACUUAGAUCCUAACAUUAAUCUACAUUUUUUUCGAAGGAACAUUAUGACAUUAUCACCGAAUUUACUAACCCACGCUGGUAUCAAGUGUUUUGAAAGAUUUUUCAAGGCAGUGAACUCCAAAGAAGGCAAACUGAAAGUAAAGCGACGUAGUUUUCUACUUAACGACGCAGAUCUCAUAGGCUUAGAUUAUUUAUGGCGGGUGAUAACGGAGUGCGACGACGAGAUCUCCGCGCGCGGCAUCGAGCUGCUGCGCGAGGUGUGCACGUGCGUGGGCCCGCAGCUGUCGGCCGCGCACCACCACGAGGCCUUCCUCACGCACUGCUGCGCGCGCACGCAGCGCAUGCAGAAGGACAUGGACACGCACGAAGAUUCGUCAGAGGGUUGUACAAGAAUGUGUAGGGUGAUUCGUGCCAUACAAGAAUACAUAAAUGAAUGUGAUAGAAGGUUUUCAGCUGAGCGGCAGAUCUUACCUAUCUAUAGGUCAGGUCGGGGGAGGCAGUGUACGAUUAUAGUCAGAUUUAAUUUCCAAACUGGCCAAAGACAAGUUGAAGAUAUUGAACUGUUCUCACACUCUAAUGAGACGCUGCAUUCGUUACGCGCCUCCAUUCAAAGAAGGCUGAAGACUGCUUCAGAAAGUAAUAUAAAGUUAGAGCUAUAUGUAAAUAAGUUGGAGCUGUAUGUUAAUGGGGAAUUAUUAGAUUCUAGUCACGAUAGAAAAAUUCUCUCGCAAAUACCGCUUCGUGACAAAACUGUGAUUGUUGCUAAGGUUUAUGAUGGGCAAGUAUGUGGCAGCGGCGGCUGUGGUUCGUCUAACGAGUCCAGCAGCGAUUCCAGUACUUCUUCACCUCCCUUGUCGCCUACACCGGAGCACGCUUUACCUGGCGUUCUUUUCGCGCAAGGGUCGUGGUAUCUGCCAUUUAUAUUAGACUUGGAACAUAUUGGCAUAACCAAGGGACAUGGUCCCCUUACCGAAGCGGCGCAUCUACUCUCACAGAUUUGCCCAGCGCAUAAGCAAACUGUAGAAAAAUUAACAGAAGCUUUGCUAUGUAGAGAAGACACAAAAUUGAGGGAUAUGCUUUACGGCCCAGCUCCGCCCACGGUAGCUUAUAAUGUUGAGGUGUUAUACAGCAUGGUGAUGCCAUCUUCAGACACGCGAUUGGAACGCUGUCGCAGUUUUCAGAUAGCUUGCGUCAAGAAAGCUCCACUGCUAGUCCAGUGCUUGUCUGACAAGGACUUUCUGCGCGCUGCACCACAUACGCGGAGGGUCGGCUACUUAGCUCUAGUGAGGCUAGCCAAACUGGCGUUAUACACGCUUGGCCACCUUUUCGAAAUAUUAGCUCCUGACGGCACUGAAUCAACUCUCGAUAAGGAAUUCAGAAGGGAUGUGACUAUACUACGCGAAGCCUUACAGACGGUGCCCAACCAUAGUUGCGAAUUGAUGGUCAAGGCUAUUUCUGAGAAGCUAGCCAAUGCGUUGGGCGAACAGGUGGUGAUCAGUGGCGAGGACAGUGACUCAGUGUCUACGUUAGUGUGGUGGCGUGUGCCGACCGCGGCCACUGUCCGCGCUCUCUACAGCCUCGCUUACUCUGUGGCACAGCCGUCAGAGAUCAGCGGUAUCGUUCACCCUGAUGAUGUUACACUUGUCCGGGAAUGUAUGGAAGUAGUGACCAUCUGUAUGGCGCUGAACGGCGGCCAUCUGGAGAAUAACUUAUUAAAUGAGACAUGGUGGCAGGAUACUGCGUUGUUCCUAAUGAUUGAUUGCCCGAACCCUCAGGUUCGCGUAUCAUGCGCGGAGCAGCUGCUAGCCAUGUGCGCGUGGGGCGGCGGCGGCGGCGCCCGGGCUGCGCUGGCGGCGCUGGGCGGCGCGGCGCAGGUGGCGGCGCCGGCGGGCACGUCCCCUGCCACGGCUCGUGCUCCGGCCGCGCGCCUCACGCGGCACCCGCGCCACGCGCAGCAGUUCCUGCAGCUACUGUGUAGACUGGUGGCUCUGGCCGGGCCCACGUCACGCACGCUCGAUGAUCUCGCUCUUGAGGUGGCAUGGUUACGAGCAGUCCGUGCCAACCCUUUAUCGCUGGACGACACGCUGUUAGAAGGGCAUCUCAACCUCACCAAGGAGUUAUUCGCGCAUGUACCAGCGCAGGUUAAAUACCAGUAUGGCGCACAUCCAGACCACAAGGAUGCGGGACUCAUAAAGGAAGUGACGACGGAGUUCCUGUGGCCGUACUCGUGGGCGUGGUGCGCGGUGCCGCUGCGCGGCGGGCGAGGCGGGCGCGGAGCCGGCGCCGCUGUGCUGUGCACGCCCGCCGCCGCCGCCGCCACCGACCUGCUGCUCGCGCUCGUGCAUGCCUGCGUGCCCAACAUGGCUGCGCUCGCUAAUCUGCUCGAGCAUAUGUUUUAUAGCGACAAGAGCAUGCCGCUGGCGGAGUGGGAGUACAUGCCGUGCGUGGGGCCGCGGCCGGCGGCGGGGCUGGUGGGGCUGAAGAACGCGGGCGCCACGUGCUACAUGAACUCCGUGCUGCAGCAGCUCUACUGCGUGCGAGCUGUGCGGGACGCGCUGCUCACCGUGCAAGGAGCUGCAACAGACCCAAAUGAAGAUUUUUCUGGUGAAACUCAUCAUCACACUAUUGUAGAGAAUAAUAUUGAGAACAAUGCAGAUUACAACAUCACGAUUUUAAAACAAGUACAAGCAAUUUUUGCCCAUCUACACUAUAGCAAGCUACAAUACUACAUCCCUAGGGGCCUUUGGGCACAUUUCAGGCUUCAAGGUGAACCCGUAAACUUACGUGAACAGCAAGAUGCGGUAGAGUUUUUUAUGUCGCUGGUAGAAUCUUUAGACGAAGCGUUGAAAUCAUUGGGCCAGGAACAACUAAUGGCUAAAACUAUGGGUGGUACAUACUCAGAUCAGAAGAUUUGUAAGGGCUGCCCUCAUAGGUACUGUAAGGAGGAACCAUUCAGUGUCGUGUCUCUGGACAUCAGGAACAUGUCCCGUUUACAGGAAUCCUUAGAAGCUUAUGUUCGGGGAGAGCUGCUAGAAGGCGCCGAUGCUUAUCAUUGUGACAAGUGUAAUAAAAAAGUGGUAACUGUGAAGCGGCUUUGUCUAAACAAACUACCUCCAGUGUUAGUUAUACAGUUGAAAAGGUUCGAAUAUGAUUUCGAAAAAGUAUGUGCUAUAAAAUUCAAUGACUACUUCGAGUUUCCGCGGGAGUUGGAUGUCGAGCCUUACACAGCAUGGGGCCUGGCUCGGGCCGAGGGCGACUCGUCACUGUGGGAGGGUGGCGAGGAAAAGGCGCAAGAGACUCAUUACCAACUUAGCGGCAUUGUGGUACACUCUGGACAGGCCUCUGGUGGACACUAUUACUCAUACGUAUUAUUGAGAGACAACGGCAGCGAGACGGGACGAUGGGUGAAGUUAGACGACGGUGACGUAUCGGAGUGCGGCAUGCACGACGACGAGGAGAUGAAGGCGCAGUGCUUCGGCGGCGAGUACAUGGGCGAAGUGUUCGAUCCGAUGUUAAAGAGAGUAUCAUACAAGCGACAGAAAAGAUGGUGGAAUGCGUACAUGCUGUUUUACACAAGGAAGGAUACCAUCGAAAAUCAGUCGGCUCUAGAACAGUCAAUGCAGAAUUUGACCAUGAAGGAAAAUAUCAUACCUCGUCCUAUCUGGUUGUCAGUACGUCGCAGUAAUAUUGCAUUUUCUCACAAUCAAGACCAGUUCAGUCUUGAGCAUUUCAAUUUUAUGAAGAAACUUUGUUGUAUGCGGCUACAAAUGCUCCCAGGAUCUCAAAGCGCUGUAUGGGGGCCCGAACACGAAGAGAUGUCGAUGUUAGCGGUGCAACUGGCAACGAAGUUCUUGUUCCAAGUAGGGUUCCGAACAAAGAAGACAUUACGUGGCCCCGCGGCCGACUGGCACGACAUACUGUGUCAACACUUGCGAUGCUCACAGGUCGUCCGAGCUUGGUUUGCUACUGAUCUCUUCAAACAUCCACAUAGAUUGUGUGACUACUUAUUAUCGUGUCCAACGGCUGAAGUGAGAAUAGUAUUUAUGAAAAUCAUCGUCUUUUUGGCGCAUUUCUCAGUUCAAGAUCCGCCAGUGAGCAACGGUUUCGGCGUGUGGUGCUCGCGCGAGGAGGCGCAGUCGCUGUCGGACCAGCUGCUGUGCAGCGCGCGGGCCCUGGCGGCGCCGCACCACGACGCGCACGCCAUCCGCCACCUGCCGCUGCUCUUCAACCUCUUCCACACCUACGCCAGCCUCGGCCUCAGCGAGAAGCUGCAGCUGCUUAGGCUAAAACUCCUCGACGUCGUUUUGUCUGUUUGCAUGGAUGAAUCGAACACAAUGGGAAAAUACCAGUAUCCAGAGUCGGCCAAAAUUCAUCAGGUGGUGUGCGCGCUGGUGCGGUGCUGCGACGUGAGCGCGCUGCGGUCGGCGCUGGCGAGCGAGGGCGCGGCGCCGCUGCCCAACCCCUACGCCGAGCCGCACGCGCCGCGCCCCGCGCUCUCGCCGCAGGCCGCCGACGUGCUCUACAACCGCACCGGGACUUACAUGAAAAAAUUGACUGAAGAGUGUUGUGGCUGCGAGGAAGGUAUAAGAUUACUACAGUUCCUGUGCUGGGAGCACGCGGGCUGGUCGCGGAUCGCGCUGGCCGAGCUGCUGUGGCAGAUGGCGUACGCGUACUGCCACGAGCUGCGCCGCCACUCCGACGCGCUCACUGCGCUGCUGCUCAUGGAGGACAGCUGGCAGCAGCACCGGAUACAUAACGUCAUCAAGGGCGUGUCGGACGAGCGUCCGGGGCUGCUGGAGACGGCGGCGCGGGCGCGCGGGCACUACCAGAAGCGCGCGUACGCGUGCGUCAAGCUGCUGGUGGGCGUCAUGUGCGCGCCGCCCGUGCGCGUGCACGCGCAGCCCGACGCGCGCCGCCGCUGGCGCCAGCUGCUCGCCUGGCUGCAGGACGAGCUCGACCGCAAGUAUGGCCCUGGCUACGGCUCUUACGGCACGUGGUCUCCGCCCGGUACAUCAAACGAGACGUCGAGCGGAUACUUCCUCGAGCGUAGCAACUCUGCUAGGAAAACACUCGAAAAAGCGUACCAACUAUGCCCCGAAGAGGAAGACGAAGAAGAAGAGGAGGGUCGCGAGGGCGCGUCGGGCUCGGGCUCGGGCGACGCGGCGGACGACAGCGCGGACGAGGAGGAGGCGCCCGCGCCCGCCGCCGCCGCCCGCGCCGCGCGACCCGCUGCCGCCGCUGUGAGCGUCUCUCUAGUCCCGCCCCGCGUACACUUAUUUAUGUAACUUACAUGUUCCGCUUUAAAAGUACCAUAGUAUUUAUUAUUCGCCGUUAGGAUUCGUCGUAGUGCUCUCUCGGCGGUCGACUGUAUCGGUCGUUCGGCUCCGUGCCGAGGAACGCGCCUCGCCGGUCUCGAUUGCGUGAAUCGUUGAGAAUCGAAAGGACGGUCACUUCGAGUCGGCUUGAAAUAUUGUUUGGUCCCCAAAUAUUUUCUCCUUAUAUGUUCACCGACACGAGAAGCAAUCUCCUCUAGAAAUAAGUUUUGUUUAUCUGUGCAAAAUAUCUGAAAAUAGUUGUGAAUUCGCAACACACUAUGAGACCGAGUUUUAAUCUAAUCUAUGAAAUGAACAAUACUUGAAAUAAUGCUUUUGUUAAAAUAGUUCAUCUGAUGCAUUUUAAAAUAGUGAUAGAUAGCAAUUUUUUACUUUUAGUCCAGAGAUGAUAAACAUGAAUUAGAAAAGUUUUACACAGUACAUAACGCAUAGGAUCGUAUAACAAAGUAUAAAGCUAGGUGCUAUCUAUUAGAGUCACGUCGUUGAUUUUGAUUGUGCUCGCUUGCUUGUUUACUUGUUUUGUUCGAACUUAUGAGCUUUUGACGUUCACGAUCUAAUUAAUAAGAUUGCAGUACGUUUUGUCAUUUUAAUAAUACUGCAUUUCUUUAUAUAUUAAUUAUAUUAUACAUUUUGUUUAAAUUACUAUAAUAUAUAAUUGCCGUAAAUAACCUACCGGUAUAGUGACGACACACUUUAACCAAGUUGUAUUGAAUAAUCAAAAAAUCUCCUAUAAAUACGUUUUAAUAUAAUAAUAUGGACUUUUAUAGUCUGAAUCGACAUGGAAAUGUAGGAGUGCACAUUUUGACAAUUCCUUUGCCUUCAUCACACAAUUUGUUUGUACAUGUUUACAAUUAAAUUUGAAAUCCUUACAACCACCUUACAAACGUCACUACACAAGUAGACGAUAUAUUGAGAAAUCUAAUUAUUACGGUAUGGUGAUAUGGUAAAGUAAUAAAUUUUAAUCAGAAUCCCGGUCAAUUAAAUUUAACAAUUGAAAUUCAUCUACUACACCUACAUAAUAUUUGGCAAAGCUCAAAUACUCUACAAAAUCAAACAAUUUGUAAUAGACAUCAAUAUUUAGGGACCGAGUUCAUUGCAAAAUACUUCACUUAUAAAUAUUGCUUUUAAUUGUGACAUUUUCAAUGGUCAUUUUUAUAUCAAUUAUAUUAGAUAAGAACUGUAGAUCUUUCUAAACUGAGUCAUGUUUUGAAAUAAUUGUGAUCACGAUGUUUAUGAGUGAAGUAAAAUUUAAUGUACAUAGUAAAAAUACAAAUUAUUGAGGCCAGAGAACACAUAUUGGCCUAACUCUGACUAUGUAAACAAUGUUUAAUAUUUCAGUUUUUUAUUUGCUAGAUGUAUUAUUAUAAUAAAAUAAACUUAGUUUUAAUUCAGUGGAAAGUGUAGAUAUAGGUAUUAACGACUAGUCUAACAGGAAAAUGUUGCCACUAUGUCAAUGUUCUGCUUUGUAAUAUAAUGUUAUUUAUUUUUAUAUUUCACGACGGUUGUAUAAUAUUUUCCUUUUUUUCUAGUGGUAAAAUUGUUGUAACAUCCAGGCUAUCAGGCGAUGCAGACGCUCUGGCCACUCGCUCGCAUGCGUCACGGACGCUCUUGUCAUAGUCACUUGUAGCCAUUGAAGUUUGCACUUCGCAUUCUACUAGUAUUUUACAAAUAUAAAACCACCGUGAUAUUCUGUGAGUAUUCAUUGUUUUCAUUAAUUUUAUCAUAAUGAGCCUUCAAAUUUUGGUCACAUAGACCGUGUGCCUUAUUUUAAUUUUAUUUGCUCAAUGCUUGCACCUGAUAGUCUGUAUAUUGAUCUAUUAACAAGUUUUUAUUUAAGACUGUUAUGUCAUUCAUUUUGCAUGUAAACAAUAUAUUUCGAUAAUUAAAUAACAAAGUAUUUAAACAAUGUGAUAAAAAUAGAAUUUAAAUUUUAUUGCUUAUUAAACACCAAGCAGUGUUUAUAUGUUAAAGUGAAUGAUGUCAAGUCGUGAUUUUAUUUUGGCUUUAAAAAUUAAAAGAAGUCGCUUUUUAUCAUGGUUUUAAUAAGAAAAUACAGACAUCCAAAAUCACAAGUUGUAAUGAUUGAUAUAGUACAGAUUAGCAUUGUGAAUAAUUAGAUACCUGGUCGAUAAAAUGCUGAUUGUUGUUAAUGUUAUUACCAAAGAUGGAGUUAUAGAUAAAGGGAAUAUGGUGGCCCUUUUCUUACUAGCUUAAUAAUUGAAAUGUUUUGUAUCUUUUAUAAAAUGCAAAGUUAACGAUAUUAUGUUGAAACGAGAUAAAAUGUGAUUGAUCUUAGAUAGGUGAACCGCUGAUUCGUGUUUAGAAACAAAUGAAUCUAUAUACUGGUAACUAAUCACAUCUAGCAGAUGUAUGAUUCUCGGAGCGAGUUUCGAAAUCUUGUAAAUAUCAUCAACCGGAUGUCAAACUCAACAUUAACUUCAUUCUAUUUUAUAUUCACAAAAUUCGUAAAUAGGACUUAAAUAGCAGUGGAAUCCCCAAAAACAAAUAAGUUAUAAACAAAAAGAAAUGCAAUUUUUUUAUAUUGAAAAUUUUGUAAUGUAGCAUAUUAUUAUAUUGACUUAUAAAAUACCAAUUUAUUUGGCAGAUAUAAUGUUGGAAUUAUUCACUGUAAUUCGCAUGCAGUUUUCACGAGAACAGUGUAAAAUGUGUAUUGAUAGAAUUAUUAUAAGAUCAGUUGAGUUUUGUAUAACAUUUCUAUGGCAAAUAUAACGAAAUGGCAUUUGAAGAUUAUACAAGAAUGCUCAAACAAGCAUUCAUACAGAUAUUAUACUAUUCAAAUCAAGAAAUAAAUUCAUAAAAUCUU